AUAACUCUGAACGGAAAAAAGAGCGGUGCAGGAAAAUGGAGGAUAAUACAAAGAAAGGUUUAGAUGGCACUGGAUUGGAAUUGCCAGUGAAUCUCCAUGGCAACCUCAAAAGUGCUUCUAGCGAUCAAAGCCACCUUCAAAUUCUUCACGAUAUCAAAUCUUCCAAUACCCCUGUGAUUGCAUCCUCUUCUCUGGCAGUUAUCAACUAUGGUGCUUCAUGGUGUCGCGUGUGCAGCCAGAUUCUUCCUGCGUUUUGCCAGCUGAGUAACAACUUCCCGAAGCUUUCUUUCGUAUAUGCGGAUAUUGAUGAAUGCCCGGAAACCACUCAGCAUAUUCGCUACACACCUACGUUUCAUUUUUACCGCGACGGGGAAAGGGUAGAUGAGAUGUUUGGUGCCGGAGAAGAGCGCUUGCACGAUCGCUUGUGGUUGCAUUCGUGAAAUAUGUAGUAGGAUUGUUUAUUAUCAAUUUGAUGUGCGCUGUAUUUUCUCACCUUUUCUGUUUAGUGUACUCGUUUCAAGCAUUGUAGACUUGUAUGUGAUGAUUGAAAUUAAAGGCUCGUCUUCAUAAAUAAAUAGAUGGAUAAAAUAAAGCAAUAUUUUGUAAAUGGAAACAAAUAAUAGCUUCAGAAUUGAUCAACCCAGAUAAAUGACACGUUGGAAAGUACAAAAAAAUGUAAUGAAAAUUGAUGAAUACGGUUAACGUCUAUUCCUUAAUAAAGGAAUAACUAGAAAAAAA